AUGUCGACCUCGUGCGAGACCGUGCCCGGGUCGGCAGUGCUCAACACGGUCGUGUCGACGAGUACCGUGUUCGCAACCGCCGUGUCAACUGGCCCGGCGUCGACCUUGACAACCUCGACGCCGGUCGUCACGAGCAGCUGCCUCUUGCCCACCAUCCUCGGCGACCUCGCCCUGUGCCAGACGUCGACCACGUUCGCGCCCGUUCAGACGGUCGUUCCGGGCGCCGUCACGACCAUCACGAGCUCGAGCGAGUCGCUCGUGACCAUCAUCCAGACGAGCCAAGCUCCCGACCGCACGACUUGCUCGGUCCUCCCCUCGUCGACUGCCCCUUCCUCCUCUCGCGCGACGCCGACCUCGACUUCCUCGCCUUCAUCUACCCCGUCGUCAUCGUCCUCAACGUUCGAGCCGGCCGCGGCCGCGGCAUCGACGUCCGUCACGUUCGCCACGACCACCGUCACGGCCGGCCCGACCUCGACCGCCGCCGCCGCCGCUCCCGCCGACGCCUCGUCCGCCGAGGACAGCUCGCCGGCGAGCAACCCGAGCGAGGGCACGUCCACGUCGGCCGUCUCGGCCAUCGAGGCCGUCGAGUCGUCGGUCAACGGGCCGCGCCGCAUCACGUCCUACGUGACCUCGUUCGUCACCGUCGUCGACGCGUCCGGCCGCACCCGCACCUCGGCAGAGACGGUACCGACCCUGCUCAACAUGCCGGCCUCGUCGUCGUCGAGCAGCAACGUCGGCGCCAUCGCGGGCGGCACGGUCGGCGGCCUCGCAGCCCUCAUCCUCGUCGGCGUCGUCCUGUUCCUCAUGCGCAAGAAGCGCGGCUGCUUCGGCAAGGGCGACGAGGAGAUCGAGGACGACGUGUGGAACCCGGCGCCGCACAGCGGCUACUACGGCGGUGGCGGUUCGGGCGCAGGAGCGGUCGCAGCGGGCGCGGCGGCGGGCGGCUUGUCCUCGCUCGCCGACGAGAAGGUCGUCGAGGAGGCUCGUCGGGUGGACGCGGCGACGCUCGAGCGGCACCAGAGCUGGUACAAGAGCCUGCACGGGCACGGCAGCGAGCUCGACGACCACCACGAGGACGCGUACGGCGGCGUCAUGGUCGAGCGCUCGGCAUCCCCUGUCGUCGACGACCUCGGCAACUAUGCGCCUCAAGCUCUCGCCUACGCGUCGCGCCAUCCGUCGAGGUCGUCGCACGGCCCGCAGCGGUCGUUGUCGAACCGCCUGUCGGCCCACUCGCACAGCUUGCACUCGCACGAGGGCCCGAUGGUGCCGGUCAGCAUGUCGCCCGUCUCGACCCCGGACCACCGCCUGUCGCAGCUGUCGCAGUACGGCCACCACGUCGCGUUGGCGCCGCCCGUUCCUGCCUUCCCGGCCGGCUACGCCGAGCACGCCGCCCGCCUCUCGCCUCCUCCCCACUCGCACUCGCCGCCGUACGAGCGCAUGCGCUCUACCUCCAAAACCGCCCUCCAGUUCGACCCCUCGGCCUACAUCCCGUCGCCGGCUCACCGCGUCCUCGCCCGCCAACGCUCCCUCCCCGGCGUCGCCAUCCCUGCGCACGUGCGCAGCGCGUCGUACGCCGGCCCGCACAGCGCUCGCCCGUCCCUCGGUGCGCUCCAGCUGCAGUACGGCGCGAGCGGGUCCGGGAGCAGCAGCGGCGCCUCGUCGGCGUCGCCGUCGCGAGGGCGGACCGACGACUCGCUCUCGAGCGGGUCCGACUCGUUGUCGGCCAAGGGUCGCACCCAGUCAUACUCGAUGCCGGUCCUCGGGUACGCGCCGAGCGGCGCCGCGUCUCCCGCCGACGCUGCGGCCUCGCCGACCAAGCCUCGCGCGGUCGUCGCCGACGACAAGGACCUCGCGCCCAAGGUCGCGCUCCCGACGCUCGAGCGGCUCAAGCGCCCAGCGAUGGGCCGCGCCGACUCGACCGAGUCGCUCCUCGUCCCGAGCCAGUUCCUCGGUGCGCGCAUCGUCAACGCCGACCAGGACGCGGCGAGCCUUGCCGGGCGCAGCGUCGAGAGCCUCACGACCUGA